AUGGACCUCACAGGCGCCUUCGACCCGUCGUCGAUGCAGUACCUCACCACGCAGAUGGUCCACCCGGGCGCACACAAUCAGUACCAGGACAUGUUAAUGCCUGGCGACUACAACGACCACCAAUCCGUCUAUGGAUAUGCUGCGAGCGACGACCUCAACCUUCACAGCCUGAAUCCCAACAACACCCUCAAACGUUUCUCGAGCACCUUUGAUGAUCCAUUCUCCGAUGUCGUCAGCGCCUUCGACCAACAGAUCCACGGCGGCGACCAGGAACCCGAAACUCCCUCCAUUGAGCGUGACAACAAAUUGCUGGGCUUCUCGCCGCCCACAUUCGACUAUAACUUGCUUGAUUUCAAUUACCGCCAGACGACCAUCAAUCUCGGCGCUCAACUACAUGGAAUGUUCUUCUUGGCCGAGUCGCCCUGGGCGGCCGCCAACGACGCGCUCCCACCGCCGUCCGAGCUCACAUGCUAUCGGAGGAACCUUUUUCAGAUCACAGGCGAGAUUACCCUGCCGCGAAUGCUGCGGUAUAUCAUGACGGAGCAAGGAGAGCAAAUAAUGAUCAUGGGCCAAGAGUUGAUUGUGAGCGCAACGGAGUCGACGGAAGGAAACGCCGUCAAGAUCAUUUCGGUCCCUUGGAAGACGCCCGCCAAUCCGGGUGCGCCUGCAGUAGAGGACAAGACGGAGAGGGAGCCCCACUCAAUCCCGCUGGACCUCGUCAGUGUGCCAGACCUGAACACAGAAUAUGCGAGCUUCCCGUUUUCGUGGAAGCGAUUGCAAUUCAGAAUCGCCACUGCGAACAACGGGCGACGGAAGGAGUUGCAGCAGCACUUUGUGGUUCGCAUCAAGGUGCUGGCGACACUGUCCACCGGCGGAAAGAUUCCCAUCUGUGAGGUCCGAUCGGGUGCGAUCAUCGUGCGUGGUCGAAGCCCUCGCAACUUCCAGGCGAGGAAAGAUUUACCCUUGAAUGCGAGCCACGCUCGGAAGACCGGAGGAUCUCAACGGCCCGGCUCCGGCGACUCUACCAAACCCAUGAACUUAUACGCCACCUCCUCCCCGGACCUGUCGCGAAGUAAAUCCAAACCACGCGCCACGCCGCCCUCGGCGCCCAUCAACCUCUCCCUGGUCGAAGACGACUCGCCGCGGCCGGCGCGCAGCAGCGCCACCCCCGACGGCCGCGCGCCCAAGAAAUUGCACAUCCCGCCUCGCCCGCCGUCGUUCUCCAUCAACACCAUCAACAGCCCGGACGAGAGCGCGGAUCUGCUGUACGAGUAUUUCCCGCUGGGCCUGGACGACUGGAUGCCGCCGGUCGACGCCGUGUAUCGCCCGCACGUGGUGCAUCAUACCAAAUUGCCCACGGACCCGCGCGACCCGAAGAUCGGGAGCAAAGGGUCGAGGAGCAAACGCUAUUUCACCGAGGAUGUGAGUUGA